CAGAGCUCUCUGAGCGCUAUCAGGAUGCGUCUCCUGUCGCUUCUCCUGCUGCUCUGCGCGGCAGUACUCGCCGCACAAGCGGACAUCGUCAAGUACCGGCCAUGCAAGCACGUCGGCCAGUCCUGCGGAUCGUACAAUAAGAACAUCUGCGUGCGGUGUCCCAAGGGCGUGGGACUGUGCUGUGUCGCCCGACCAGUGCCCGUUCCAGUCUACCACUGCAAACAUCCCGGUCAGAAAUGCGGCACUGGAGUCUGCGGCAGAUGCAAGAGGAACCCCAAGCAGCUCUGCUGCAACCCCAAAAUCCGACCGAGGCCCAGACCCAUUAUUGAAAGGUGCACAAGCAUUAAUCAGAAAUGCGCCUAUGGAGUUUGUGGCAGGUGUCCGAAAAACCCCAAACAACUCUGCUGUAUCCGCAGGAGGCCUAGGCCCGUGAAGUGCACGCAAGUUGGCCAUAAAUGCCGCCGAGGUGUGUGCAAAAGGUGUCGGAAGAACCCCAAACGGCUCUGCUGUGUUCGCAGGAGGAGGCCCGUUAAGUGCUUGAAGAGAGGCCACAAAUGCCGAGGCGGUGUCUGCGGAAGGUGCCCGAAAAACCCCAAGAAGCUCUGCUGUAUCCGCAGGCGCCGGCCACGCAGAUCCCCCAUCCAGUGCAAGCGGAUCGGUCACACAUGCAGGCACGGAGUCUGCGUCCGGUGCAAGAACAACCCCAAACGGAUUUGCUGCCAGCGCCGCCGGCGACGGAGGUCACUCGCCCAGUGCAAGAAGAGAUGUAGAGGUUACGACAGGUACUGCACCCGUCGCGGGUGUCCCAGAGGGUACAAGGGCGGCUACUGCUGCCGCCGACGGGUCCGUCCCAUCACACUGAAGCAAUGCAAGGCGAGGUGUCGGGGCCGCUAUCAGUACUGCAGUACGUCCGGAUGCAGGAAGGGCUACAAGGGCUACUGCUGCCGCACGCGUCGCAACAUCUCCAUCCAUGAGUGCCAGAAGACCUGCAGAGCUGGAAGCUACUGCACGACCAAAUGCCCUAAGCACAUCAGGGGCUACUGCUGUGUGCCCAAGUACCACAAGGGCUAAAAUCACCGUUAACAGCACCACCAGCUCAUCGAAGGCUGGAUAUCCAGCGAGGUGUCCGACAGACCUCGAUGAUGAUGCAAAAAGGAGCCGUCCGACGUGUUUUUAAUUGAAAGUCUGUUAAAAAAUGGUACUUUCCAUCGUCAUAAAAUGCGAAGUUCUCUUGAAAUACAUACGGCAAUACAUGGGCAAAGCAAGGCA